AUGUCAAGAGAUUGUGUUUCAAGAAAACGACCGUUGGCAGUUGCUCUUCCAUCUUUACAGGUAAGUAGCUCGCAAGUUCACAAAACACCACUAUAAACCUGAAGUUGAAUUGAUUGAGCUUUUAAAGUGAAAAAAUUGAAUUGGAAACUCAAAAAACUUUUAACGUUGAACUGCAAUUUAUAAACUGAAACACGGUAUUCUUAGGUUGGAAAUAUGAGGUUAAAUCGUGUUCUGACUUCUUUUUUGGAAAAUGUCAAACUUCACAUAAAAAAAUGAAUUAUCAAAUCUUUGUAGGAUGGGAAUCAACCAACAGACUCGGACUUGGUGCCUGUGAUUGUUCCUAAAAGACAGAAGCAAGAUGCAGUGCCGACUUCUGAAGUGGCACCAGCGGGUGCCUCAGUAAAGGCAACACCUCAAGCGCCAUAUCCCACAAACUCGGGAGAACUUAUGAGAACGGCACAUGCGAAGAGAGAUUGGAAAGCCUCUAGACCUGUGGAAGAAUCCGCUCAAAGACAACUAACAAACACGAGUAACUCUGGCAGAAUACAGCCUGUGUUCCGACAGUGCGAUCUUCCGCCACCUUCCAUUUUACAAGUUAGAAAUAAAAGCUCACCGAAGUAAUGAAGCGUCUUCAGAGCGGUGCUGACUUUCAAGAGUUUCUAAAACAAAGAGAAGAGCAGAAAAAGAGGUUGGUUCGUGCUGCGGCAAGUUCAUCCGAAACUCGGCUUCUUCAUAAAAAUUUGGUGAGUUUGUUUGUAGUUUGCUCAUAUUCUGGGAAUACACUUCUAUAGGCCAAUGGAGAAACUAUCGGCCUUUACCGUAUAAUUGGAGCUGGAAGAGAAGGGCGGGCUAUUCAUGCUCUGUCUAACAUCAUUUUCAAAGCACAGGUGAACCAAUCUUUUCACUGCUAUAAAAUAAGGUCAUUUCAGAGGCUCACAAAAAAAGAGGGGGAAAAUGUCAGGCGCGUCGUCGCAAGGAUCAAUGAAGCAGAGCGCUACUACCCAGGCAUCGACAUAGCCGAGAUGAAGUGAGCGAAUUGAGAACGGUUCUUGAAACUGGAAAGCUGUAGAGAGUGCGUUUUCCCACGGAACGCUGAGAUGCUCCAGCAACCUAAUGGAACUUACAUCAUGUUCACGCCUUCCGAAGAAGAAACUCUUCAUUCUUUUGCAUCUGAUCGGGGCGACAACAUAUCGGAGGCUGACGUCAAGCAGGUGUUCGAUCAGGUAAAAAAAAUGGCUUGUCUCCUGAAAGUACGAACCUUGCAGCUACUGCGAAUUCUCAACUUCUGUCAUUCAAUUGGCAUCAUGGUGCGCGAUAUGAAGCCAAGAAAACUGGUCUUCGACAGCAAAGAACGCAGAUUGCGCCUUGGAAACAUCUACGACUGUGUUGUCUGCGACAGUCCUCAAGACGACAUGCUUACGGAGCGAUUCUUGAGUCCUGCUUACGUGCCGCCGGAGGUAUUCAAAAUCGAAGGCUUCAUUCUAAUUUUCGAUUCAGGUACUCAAUCCAAAACAGAAAGGCUACUCAGGCCGAGCUGCAGACAUGUGGGGAGCUGGCGUCUUGCUCUAUCUUCUUCUUCUGGGACAAUACCCUUUCUUUGACACUUCUCCAGCGGGAGUAUUCAGCAGGAUCCGUCGAGCCAAAGUUGUCUUCCCAAACUCUCAUCUCAGCGUCACAGGUUGAGAAUAUGAGAAUUCUGAGAGAACCCAUGAUUCCAGCUCGAAGUCUGGUGAACAUGCUUUUGAGAAGGCUUCCAGAAGAACGAGCCGCUGCAAAAGCUUUUUUGCACGUCCCUUAUUGGGAUGCGCCUUCACCAUUGCCUUGUCGCGUCGCAAAACUCGAUUUCCGUACUCCAGGCGCUUUCAGCCUCGUGUUUCCAAUGCUUCGUCAUCGAGUCGCAGUUAUGGUGGGUUCAAGCGGGACAUUCUCAAUAAAUCAUCAUACGAUUCUAAUUGAAUGUAUGAAAGAAUAACAGCACUUCCUUUUGAUAGGAGAAUGAACAAUGAAGAAAACACCUAACUUUUAAAAUGGAUUACAAUAGAAAAAAACUUUUUUUAAAAACAGUUUUCUUCAAAAAAACAUUGGAGAGGCAAGAUGGCGCCUCUGUGAGAUCAGCAAAUUUGUACAAAAAAAUUGUUCCCGGUUUUUUUCCACUUUUCGAACAAUCAUAAACGUCGAAAAACGAGUGGGAAAAAUUUGUAUAAAAAAAUAAAAAUUAAUACUCUUUUAGGCAAAGCAGUUGGCAAAAAGAGAAGAACGAGACGCGGAAGAGCACGUCGUACCUGACAUGGCAGUCUCCAGAAUCUUUUUCUCUCGCUCGUCGUCCGUCUACUCUCCGCUCCCACCGCAACUUUCGCGUUACAUGCUCAGCUCUCGAGAAAACGACGCAGUUAACCUUUCCUUGCCGCUGCACUUUGCGACAUCGCGAAGACCCCCCGCCCCUGGCUUCGAAGAGCCCGAACAUUCGCGUUUGCAAUCACAAGCCGUGCCGACAUUAGAUUGA